ACAAGAUCGUGGGCUGAAGCUUAUCCAGAAAUUUUAACCUGCGCAAACAUGUUUUGGUGGCCAGCAGGAAGUGAAUUGGCAGAUUGGCUAGCAUCAGAACCGGGAAAGGGUCAUCUUAACCCAUUGAACCCAAAGACCUAUCAAGUUCUCAAGAACGUCAUUCGCGAUGUGGCGACAUUAUUCCCAUAUCAAUUCUACCAUGCUGGAGCUGAUGAGAUUAUGUCUGGCUGUUGGAAAGCCGAUCCAACAAUUCAAGCAUUACUGUCGAGCGGUGACACUCUGAGUCAGUUACUUGAGACGUUUGUCAACUCCACCUUACCUUAUAUUUUAUCUCUUAAGAGGACUGCUGUAUACUGGGAAGAUGUCUUGUUAGAUCCGAAUAUCAAGGCGGAUAAAUCACUUCUUCCCCCAGAGGACACCAUCUUGCAGACAUGCAAUAAUGGUCCCAAUAACACAAAACGGAUUGUCUCUUCUGGAUAUCGAGCCAUCGUGUUAUCAUUAGAUUUCUACUACUUGGAUUGUGGGCAUGGCGACUUUCUUGGAAAUGAUAGUCAAUAUGAUCAGCCGCCAGGAAGUAAUCCAGGGAAUGGUGAUUCAUGGUGUGGACCUUUCAAAACGUGGCAAACUAUAUACAAUAAUGGUAUGGUUUAACUGAGGAGGAAGCAACGUUGAUGCUUGGUGGAGAGGUUGCACUCUGACCAGAGCAGGCGGACCCAACUGUUUUAGAUGCACGUAUCUGGCCUAGAGCUUCAGCAAUGGCAGAGAGCAUGUGGUCAGGGAAUCGGGACGAGAAAGGCAUGAAGAGAUACGCGGAAGCAACUGAUCGUUUGAAUGAAUGGAGGAGUAGAAUGGUCAGUAGAGGGAUUGGCGCUGAGCCCAUGCAGCCACUUUGGUGCAUUAGGAACCCAGGG